AUGGAAAGCGACCGCGAAGCGCCGCGCCGCGAGGAUCUGUGUGACCCGGUAACGGCGCGCGCUGCCAGCAAGGUCACGCGCGAACUGGCGCGCCGGCAGAGCGCCGGAUUGGCGAACGGCCGCGCCGCUUUCGCGGGUUCGUCGCCCGCGCGAGUCCGCCAGCCGGAGCAGUGGCUCGCCAUGCUGCGCCGGCUCCGCGUCGCCCCGCUGCUUUUCGCAGCCCUGGCCCUCGACCUGGCGGCGCCACUCCGGGCCCAGGGGCAGGAGGCCGCGGCCGCGGCAGCUGCCGCCAACGACACAGAGCCGCGCCUGGAGCUGCUGGACAUCCGGCGGCGGCCGCCGACGCGGCUGCUGGGGGCGCGGCUGCGCAUGCCCUGCUCCUGCCAGGACCUCACCUGCGGCUGCUGCGUCGGCAUGCGGAUACAGGCCUUCAGCUUCGACCGGACCGCGUGCAUGAACCUCACGUACGACCCGUACGAGUUCGCGCUGGUGGCCGACGUGCUGAUGGACGGCGACUCUCUCUACCAGCAGACCAUGUCAGCGAAGAACCCGCCGCCGUUGUGCAUGCCGGUGCCGAUCCCGUACGCGCCGUCUAUGGACAUGUGCAUGCGGCUGUGGGACGUGUACACGCCGGGGCUCAACCUGCACGCGUGUCUGGACAUGGAGGCGCGCCUGCAGAGGGCGCCCGUGCUGGUGCUGCACUUCGACUGCAUGGUGAUGGGGCGCGACGGCGUGGCGCUCGUCAAGCCGGGCGAGGAGGGGCUGCCGACCGUCGACGAACCGACGGCGGGGGGCGGCGGCGACGACAUCUACGACGAGGUGACCGAGGACCGAAAGCAGGCGUCAUCGGCGACCGCCCGGCCGGCCCCGUAGCACUUGCUACUGCAAC